AUGUCCGACUCAGCAAGAAAGAACUUCUCAGACAAGGUUUCCGACGCGGUUACCCCAGACAGUCAAAAGUCCGGAUGGGACAAGGCUACCGAAGGCGUUUCCAACCAAUACGACAAGGCUGCCUCUAAGGUGCAACCAGAGGAGGAGAAGGGUGUCUUCCAGAAGAUCAGUGACACCAUCUCUGGUAAAAAGUAA